UGACCCCAGCAGAGACUAACGCGUAGGCCGCAACCACCAGCGUCAUAGCUCCCAUUAGGGCGUAUUUCCGUGCAGAAGUCUGGGCAUUUGGAGAGGGGGGGAAGAAACCAGUCAAAUAGAAACUGGAGAAGUAUAUGGCUCGGAACAUGCAGCAAGUUGGGGAACGCGAUGGUGAAGAAACGCCUUCCAAGGGCAGUGAAGAAGGAGGAACCUCGGGUUUGCAAGUAGUUGUCUUGGGCCCAACGGGAGGUCCACGCGAAGAUCGGGUCACAGGCUUACUGGUUCGCUCGACGUCGAGUAGAUGGUCAGCAAACUCGGUAAUCGCAGUGGACGCAGGGACCCUUCUCUGCGGAGUCAUCAACAUUCUCGAGCAAUUCGACAACCAACAAGCUGUCCUGGAUGGCGGGCCAUUCAGCGGCCUCGAGCUGCCUUUUAACAAUGCUCCUGCGAACGCAGCACAUUUCUUCCGCCACGUUAUCGGUGCCAUUCUGAUCACACAUCCCCACCUGGACCAUCUAUCAGCGUUUGCAAUCAAUACGCCAGCCUUGGAAGCUGGAAAUGGCGCGAAAACAAUUGCUGCUCUGCCAUCCGUGGUCACUGCCAUCAAGACCCACGUCUUCAAUGAUGUGAUCUGGCCUAAUUUGUCAGAUGAGGAGGGGGGCGCUGGACUGGUUACUUAUCAGCGCCUACGCGAGGGAGGCGAACCGAUGCUGGGAAUUGGUGAUGAGAGGGGAUACAAACGAGUAUGCGAGGGAUUGGUGGCGAAAUGCUUUGGUGUUAGCCAUGGAAGCUGCAGACUGCAUCCUCCUACCGAGAACGACGUCCACCAUCGGCUGAGCAGCGCAGCCUAUGGCCCGGGUCCGAUGAAGAUCAGUCCUGGGGGCUUUUCAUUUUCUACAGAUGAGCUAGACACGGGGUACUAUUCUCCCGUGGACUCGACUGGUCUUCGGGGCCCUGGGAAAGAAAAAUGGACCACAGUCGAAAGCUCUGUCUUCUUCAUACGCUGUCCGGUUGCAAAACGAGAAGUGAUGUUUUUUGGUGAUGUUGAACCUGACUCGAUCUCCCGGAACCCGCGCAACAAGCGCGUCUGGGAAGUGGCGGCACCGAAGAUCGCUAGUGGGCAGCUGCGCGCGAUCUUUAUCGAGUGUUCUUACAACGAUGACGUUGAGGACGACUAUCUCUACGGACAUCUUUGUCCACGACAUCUAAUCACCGAGUUGACUGCGCUUGCGAGCAUUGUUAGGGAGAUCAAAUUCCCGGAUUCCAAUGCAACCAAGAAACGCAAACGUGCCUCCGCUCCCGAUGUGGGCACAGAUGUACCCCUUAGCCCCAAAUCGAAGAGGUUGGCUCUCACGGGAGAGAAGGGCCAAUCUUCGAGUCGUCGAGGAUCCAAUCGAAGCACCCGUCGCCACACCCGUGCCAAGGCAUCGUUCGAGGAGCCCGAUGAGAAGCUAGAAGGAGGAAGCCCAGCUGUCUCGCAACCCGCGACUGAUGUUGGGAUCAAUACGCAACUCGCCGAGAGUUCUGAUCCUCUCACAACACACACCUGGCCGGAGCCGCCCCUGGCUGGAUUGAGGGUCUAUGUUAUCCAUAUCAAGGAUCAUCUGACCGACGGCCCCCCUGCAGCGGAACGCAUUCUUCAUGAACUCCAAGCUCAGGGGAAAUCGGCCGGGCUGGGGUGUGAAUUCCGUGUUCCUGACCGGGGGGAGAGCAUCUUCAUCUAGUUUGGUUGUAUGGUCAUUUUUGCCUUACAUGGGGUUAUGUCUAGAUGUCUGGUCAGCAGGCAGUAUGAUGAAUGGUGUGCUUCUGAGGCUGAUCGAGCUGUCGAUUCAGCUGCC